AAAAUUAUUAUUAAUCUGUUAUUAUCUUAGUCUGUGGCCUCAAGCCUGUGCCUUGUGAUUUUUAGUGAUUAGUGAUUAUAAACGGUGAUAAUAAAACGAUGUAAAUACUAUAUAAAUAGUAGGUAUGCAAUUCGAAACGAAUCAGAAAUGAGUAAUGACUUCAACAAUAAUUAUGAUCUCUGUGACUCAGUCCACUUACUACUAUUAGUACUUAGUAACUAGUAACUUUUAACAUUUAGAAUAACCAAUUUUAAUUCUGACUAGAUCUAAUUUACAAGUUUUGUGAUUUACUAUUUUCAGAAAUUUAAAUUUAUAACUUUUUGAUAAAUAAAAAAACUUUCCUUAAAUGCUUAAAUAUGUUUUUGGACAAUAAAAAUAUAAUAUUGCUGUCAACUGGAUCUUUUAACCCACCAACAAAUAUGCAUUUGCGAAUGUUUGAAAUCGCUCGAGAUCACUUAAAUCGUUUGGGAUUCACUAUUUGUGGAGGUUUAAUAUCACCUACUCACGAUUCGUAUAAAAAAAAAGAUCUAGCUCCGUCAUUACAUAGAUGUGCAAUGAUUGAGCAAGCUCUUGUUGCACUACCUUGGGUGAAGUUGUCUGAUUGGGAAGUAAAACAAAAUGGUUGGACAAGAACGAGACAAGUACUACAAUAUCACCAGAAUCAUCUCAAUAUGAUAAUCACUUCUAGACUAAAUGGUUCAAUUAAAGUUGAUACUUCAUUAUUACCAGUCCAAUUAAUUGAAAAUCUCAAUGUCAGUGAUUCAAAUCAAAACACAGCAGUGAAUGUGAGACUUUUGUGUGGCGCUGAUUUAUUGGAAUCUUUUGCUGUUCCAGGUUUAUGGAAUGACGAUGAUAUAGAAGCUAUUGUUCGAGAUUAUGGUCUGGUUGUUGUUAGUCGUUCGGGAUCUAAUCCACAUAAAUUUAUUUAUGAAUCUAAUGUUCUAACUAAAUAUAUGGCAAACAUAAUUGUUGUAACUGAAUGGAUAGCAAAUGAAGUUAGCUCAACAAAAGUACGUAGAGCUUUAUCUCGCAAUGAAAGUGUGAAAUUCCUUAUUAGUGAGUUGGUUGAAUCUUAUAUCAAAGAACACGGUCUUUAUGAAACGCUAAACCAUAAGUAUUUGAAUAACGAUACAUUUGAUGUAAAUUUGAAAAGUACUUUCUUGUUAUCCUCUCCUAGCGAUAACACUAUAAAGAUACAUCCAAUGGAUGAUAAAAAACUUAAUAUUGAUGAACCUGAUAAUCUACAUUGUACUGAAAAAAGAGUUACUAAUUGUAAAAACUCUAAGGUGAAAAGAAAGAGAAAACGCUAUCAGUAAAUCAGAUACUCUGUUUAGAAAUUUAGUAGUCAAUCAAUUGUUUUGUUGUUUACUAAAUUUUUUUUAUUAAUUUAAAUUUAAAAUAGUUGCAUGAAUGUUAAUUCCAUGAUUUUGCCUGUUUCUAUUAUUAGUGUUGAUGUAUGAGUAGGUAUGGUGUUUAAAAUGUUUUUUUAUAUGUACUUACAUUAUUUGUUUUUUAAUAAAUUAUUUUUAAUGUGUUAUUAUUAUUUUUAUUAUUUUGUAUUAUAAUAUAUAUUUUGUACUGUUAA